AUGCCUUCCGACGAACAACAACUCGCAGAACCACUCCUCGACGACGGCGGAAACGACCGAUUCGUUUUGUUUCCGUUGAAGUACGAUGCCGUUUGGGAAAUGUACAAGAAAGCGCAAGCGUCGUUCUGGACCGCUGAGGAAGUCGAUUUACAAGACGACAUGAAGCACUGGGAAAAGCUCACCGCGGACGAGAAGCACUUCAUCUCGCACGUGUUGGCGUUCUUUGCCGCUUCGGACGGGAUCGUCUUGGAAAACUUGGGCGUUCGUUUCAUGAAGGAGAUCCAAAUCCCGGAGGCGCGAGCGUUCUAUGGAUUCCAAAUUGCCAUCGAGAACAUUCAUUCUGAAAUGUACUCUCUCCUCAUCGAUCAAUACAUCAAAGAUCCGGUGGAGAAGACGAGAUUGUUCAACGCGGUCGAUACGAUCCCGUGCGUGCAAAAGAAAGCCCAAUGGGCGUUGAAAUGGAUUGACGGCUCUGAAUCCUUCGCCGAACGUUUGGUCGCGUUCGCCUGCGUCGAAGGCAUCUUCUUCUCCGGCUCUUUCUGCUCAAUCUACUGGCUCAAGAAGAGAGGCAUGAUGCCGGGGCUCACCUUCUCCAACGAGUUGAUCUCCAGAGACGAAGGUUUGCACAGAGAUUUUGCGUGCUUGCUUUACACGAUGUUGAACAACACGCCGGGCGAGGAGAAGUUGAGAAAGAUUGUUACCGAGGCGGUUGAAAUUGAGAAGGAGUUUGUGUGCGACGCGUUGCCGUGCGCGCUCGUCGGCAUGAACGCCGACAUGAUGAGAGAUUACAUCGAGUACGUUGCCGAUCACUUGCUCUCGCAGCUCGGCUUUGCGAAGGAGUACGACACCGCGAACCCGUUCGACUGGAUGGAAUUAAUUUCUUUGCAAGGCAAGACGAACUUCUUUGAGAAACGUGUCGGCGAGUACCAAAAGUCUGGCGUCACCGGCGGGUCUGGCUCCAUGUCUACCUUUGCGCUCGACGAAGACUUUUAA